AUGCUAAAGGUUAAUCGCUGGCUUGGCUGUGGAACGCUUGGUUUAGUAACCGAACUUCACGUAUUUGCCGACGCUUCAGAACGCGCUUACGCUGCCGUUCUGUAUGCGCGCACCGUUCAAAGCGACGGCCAUAUCGCGGUCGCCCUAAUAUCGGCCAAGUCUAAAGUAGCGCCAAUAAAGCCAACUACACUACCUCGUUUGGAGCUUUGUGCAGCGCAUCUCGCUUCCAAGUUAGUGAGAAGCGUGUUAAAUAGUUGGAAUGAUCUCCGCUAUCCGUUGUACGCUUGGACGGAUUCAACUAUUACCUUGGCAUGGCUGCAAGCACACCCCAGCAAAUGGAUGACAUUUAUAGCAAACCGCGUCGCUGACAUCCAAGAGGUACUACCGCCUGAGUGCUGGAAUCACGUCCGCUCCGAACAUAAUCCUGCAGACUGUGCGUCAAGGGGUAUACCUCCGGCUGAUUUAUUGAAUCACCAACUGUGGUGGACGGGACCUGAUUUCCUGCUGAGCAGUAACCAGUUCUGGAAGCAAGCCGCAACAAAGCAGCACACUACCGAGGUUGGUAUGCGCAACAAGGUUCCCGCUCAUGUCGCGACUUCCGACUGUCAUUGGCCAAUGAUAAUGCACUACUCAUCGUUCUCGAAGUUACGACGCGUUUUUUAUGUGAUAAGAUUUUUACGCCAUGUUCGAGCUAAAGUUCAGCGCACCAUUCAAAAGCAAUACGGGCCUCCAAGCUGUCAGGAGAUAUUUGAAGCCGAAUUACGUUUGAUAAGCGCAAAAAAGCCUCUCCCACUUCGCAGUAGCCUUUUGCGCUUAGAGCCGUUUCUCGACAAAAACGAUGUCCUACGUGUUGGAGGUAGGUUAAAACACGCUGAGGUCUCACCUGAUGUAAAGCAUCCAAUCAUCUUGCACAAGAGCUGUCCGAUAGCAAAGUUAAUGAUCUCCGACAUACAUAAGUUUACGUUACACGCUGGGCCUCGUAUAAUGCAAGUCAUUUUGCAACGCCGAUAUUGGGUUAUCGGUGCUCGUGGCCUGAUUCGUAACGUAUAUCACAAAUGUAUUAAAUGCAUAUGUUUGAAUCGAAAGCUUGCUAUGCAAUCGAUGGGAGAUCUACCCGCUUCCAGAACCAACUACGCUCGUUGUUUCACUCGCUCUGCGGUGGACUUCGCUGGUCCAUACAUGUACAAGUUUACGCACGGCAGAGGAGCGAAGUCUACUAAGGGUUAUAUUUGUUCUUUUGUGUGUAUGUGCACUGGCGCUAUGCACUUGGAAUUGGUUGGUGACUUGUCAGCGCCAGCAUUCCUCAACGCCUUUAAAAGAUUCGUUAACCGCAGAGGAUAUUGCAAGGUCAUGUUCUCUGACAACGGCACAAAUUUUGUCGGCGCUGAAAAGGUUCUGCGUAAUAAUUUUCAACAAUGCAUGUCAGAUGAGAGACUUCGUACAUUUUUUGCUGGUUCGAACAUCGAGUGGCGUUUCAAUCCACCGGCUGCACCCCAUAUGGGAGGAUACUGGGAGACAGGUAUUAAGCGGAUAAAGUAUCACUUGAAACGUGUUUUGGGCGAAACUUUGUUAUCGUAUGAAGAGUUCAGUACGCUACUGACAGAAGUGGAAGCCUGUGUUAACUCCCGCCCACUAUGUGAGAGCUCGACAACUGCAGGAGACCUCGAAGUUCUAACUCCUGGGCAUUUCAUAAUUGGUGAACCGCUGAAGUCGAUCCCAGAGCCUGAGGGUCAAGGGUUCUGGG